CUUGGUUUAAUCUAAGACUUUAUUUUCUAGGUAACUUGAGGAACUAAAUGAUGUAAAAUUGGAAAAAAUAGCUAGAUUUCAGGGAGAGGAAUGAAAAUCAUUGGUGGAUAUCAGCUUCAUAUAGAAGCAGCAGAAAAUUAGAUUGUUACUGAAGUGACCAACUCUGUUUUAUCAUCAUGAAAUAAGUGGAUGAUAAAUUCUGGGAAAUAAAUAAUGAUGAGAUAGAUAGGUCACCCUUGUUGUGAAUGGGUGUUAAUGGGUUUGAUGUUCUUGGCCAUUUGUGAGUUUUACAGGGUCAGACUUGUCAAUAGUUGUCAAAAAUAUUGAUGGAUUAUUUGUGUAUUUGCCUGAGCAGAUUGUGAUGGAGUUAGGCAAUACACUUCAAUAAUAUGAGGAAAAUGUGUGUGUAUGUUGACUAGUUACAUAUUAAUAUUACUUAUUGGAUAUAUUGGGAUCAUAAUUGAUAUUUAUGAAUAUUCUAUUUGUGUGUUAAUAUAUAUAUAUAUAUACCUUUUCUGUGUAAAUUGCUGUGUUUUGAAUUUAAAAAUAAGACUAAAAAUUAUCAGAAAUGAACCAAAAGGAUUAAGAUUUUGUGUGAAGUUGUUUGGGUGUUGAUCGAGAUUAAGUUGUUAAUUGUUGUGAAAUUUUAUGACUUCAAUUAUGGGGAAAAUGCCAAAGAAAGUGGAAUACAAGACGGACCUUCAAAAGCUACAGACAGAGGUGGAUAACGUAUAUCGGACCCUGAAGUACAUAGAGGCCGUUAUAAACCAGGAGAAAGUACAGAUUGUUCCCAACACUGCCACGGUCGUGCUGGAUACGGUCAACGAUGUUUUCCUAAUCCUCAACAACUUCUUUAUGACACAGGAUAGCACGACCCUGACCUCAAGACACAAUAAAGUAUGCCAAAGCCUUGCUCACUUUAUAAAAUGGGCGGACGACCUUCUGUUACAAGGUCACAAAGCCCUGAACAAGGACAGCGCACAUACGCUGAUAACCGCACUUUCUGAUGGAAUGGAGGAGUUGUACGAGCUAUGCCUUGACAAAUGGGAAGAUCGCCACAGCCACACCCAGUCACCACAAAAAUCACCAAAAUCUCCUAUUCUACCAAAGAGCCCCAGCCUUAAACGUAACUCCCUUCCUGACCUGCCCCUUACCCCACGGGAACGUGAAAUUCUCCAGAAAACCAGCGAUCUUGGUCACUAUGACAAUGCUGCAUUGCCCACAUCCAAAUCCUCGGACAGCGUUACCAUAGGCAACGGGACAUCAAAAUUUGAGUUCCCACCAAAACAGGAAUCUCCCCCGCCAAAACCACCGCUACCUCGCAAUGCAGAUGUGAUUGUACCACAGUUAAUUCAAAAGUCCAUGUCUCAAGAUGAGACAGACGGUGGGGAGGCUCCUCCCCCUUUACCGGACAAAGCCAAGAGACGCUCUCAAAUACAGAACAUGCUUGAAAUGGUCCACCAGGCCGGACUGCAUGGACAAAUGUCGCCCAGUCAGUCACCACAUAAUAGUGUUAUACUCUCGGGCAAUGUGUCGUUUAUGGAUUACUCCAUGAACUCAAGUAACGGCAGUCUGCACAGUCAGACAUCGGGGGUUUCGCCAGCCAGCAGUUCAAGUUCAGGCUUAAAUCGGUCUGCAGAUGACUUAGUUACUGAACGUCACACUCAAAUGAUGGGGGCAAAGACGGUGUCUGAUUCAACGCUGGUGAAGAAACGUUCCGUGAUGACAACAUCACAUUCAGAGUGUACAGUGAACCAGAUUAAUCAGUUAACCCAAGAGAUUGACAAAUUAACUAAAUUGACAGAUGAUAUGCAAGCCAUGACACGUAGGAACUUGAACCAAGGCGGUGGUUCUUCUACGCCACCGCCUCCAUUACCAGACAAGGCAAGCAAACUGAGUCGACAUAUAUCUCACUACGACAAUGUUCCUGAUGGGACGACCCUAGAACAAGCAUUUUCCCAAAGCAAUAUAGUCUCAAAUAGAACUGUAAUAAGUCGCACCAUGACAUCCCGAUCUUCACAAAUAUCCUCAUCGUCAGAAGCGAGGCUUUCAUCUUCAAGUACCAGCAGCACCCAGUCUUUCAGCGGUGUUCAGAUGCAGAAAUCGAACACAAUAUCGUUUUCCCAGCAGAUGGGCACACAUGAAGAUGCAUACUCGAGUUCGGGGUCAUUUUCUAGCACAAGUCACUCGAGCAUGGACAGUAUACCACGCCCACCCCCACUACCGCCUAAACUAAAACACAUACAAGCCUACAUGCAGACAAUUGGCGCCUACACCCAACCCCAGGGAAUUGAAUACAUCUCCCGACACAGUAUCAACUUCUAUGAGGCCCAAUGGCAGCGGCACCAGACGGAGCUUACCCAUAAUCUCUACCCUCGAUCUAACACGAUCAGUGUGAUUUCUGAUAUUAGUUCAGAAUCGUCGUUUGGUAGCGCACCAGGAAGUCCCUCGAUACCUGCAUUGCCAGCUAAAAGAAGGUUUUCAGCCAAGAGAGACAGCCAAAUAUCCACAACAUCUAGUCUUUCAGACACGGCUUCUGACGUGUUCCGUGACAAGACGAGCAGCCUGAUAGAGCCAGCUAUACCCUCACAGGAGUCCCUGGAACCCAUGGGAUGGGAACAGAAAAGGGCAUCAGCACCUGCUGGUCAGGUGAUUUCGCCCCCAACAGUGCCGGAACCGAGUGCCACGUCAGAAAAGGCAGAUAUUCCCAAAGAUGCCGACUCCGAUUUUUCUGACCUCAAUCCUCUAGAUGACAUCGAUGUCAGCGAUCAACUGGUGUAUAAAAAACCUAAUGAAGAUGGCCCAGAAAUUCGUGGAGGAUCGAUAGACGCUCUUAUUGUGCACGCUACAGCUGCAAACAAGUCAGGAUCCCAUUCCGAUUUGAUGAAUCAACAAGAGUUUAUGUUUCAAGAGGCCUUUCUGACAACGUACCGGACGUACAUUACUUCACAAGAGCUUAUGGACAAACUGCUGUAUCGAUUUAACAAGUUUCAGUAUUCACAAGACACUUCUCGGAAAAAAUCCGCAAGAAAUGCCCUCUUCCUGCUGAUCAGAGUUAUUGAUCUUAUGAGCCUACUUGAGCUAGAUAACGCAAUUAUCAAACAAAUGAUGGACCUCGUGUUUGAGUUACUGUGUCAAGGUGACUUAAACUUGGCCCGAGUGUUACGCAUGAAGCUGAUAGAAAAAUGUGAGGCAAAACGUGCCCAAGAGGCUGCCUUGGCUCCCAACAAUACACCGCUGUCCUCCAUAUCUGUCACAUCAAGUUUACCAGACCUGCUACACUUCAAGUCACAUGAUAUUGCAGAACAGAUGACACUGAUUGAUGCAAACCUCUUUCAGCAAAUUGAGAUCCCCGAAUGUCUUCUGUGGGCAAAGGAACAGUCUGAAGAGUUAAGCCCAAACUUGACAAAAUUCACGGAGCACUUUAAUAAAAUGUCAUACUGGUGUCGAACGCGAAUACUUACCCAAAACGACGCUAAAGAGCGGGAAAAAUACAUGGUGAAAUUUAUCAAGAUUAUGAGGCAUCUACGGAAAAUCAACAACUUCAACUCGUUCCUCGCGUUACUGUCUGCCCUUGACUCCUCCCCUGUCAGUAGAUUGGACUGGCAAAGACAACAUGUGGAGGCGCUGAAGGAUUUUAGUCAGUUGAUAGACAGUAAAGGUUCCUUCAGAUCCUACAGACAAGCUUUGGCGGACACAGACCCACCUUGUAUACCGUACAUUGGCCUUAUACUUCAAGACCUGACAUUUAUCAACAUUGGUAACCAGGACUGCCUGUCUGAUGGGAAUAUCAACUUUGCCAAGCGCUGGCAGCAGUUCCAUAUCCUGGACAGCAUGCGCAGAUUCAGAGACAAAAAAAGUAAUUAUGAAAUCAAGAAGAAUGAGCGUAUUGUGACGAUGUUUGACAGCUUUAAUAACUACCUGGGCGAGGAAACCCUGUGGCAGAUAUCGGAGGAAAUCAAACCCAGGGGUGGCAAGAAGAAAGACGCUGAUUGAGGGGGGGGGGAAUGGAUAGAUGUACCAAAGUUUCUGUUUUUGUGAAAAAAUAAGUUGAGGUAUUAUUAUACUGCUGAUGUUGUGUUCAUUAUUGGGGAAGUCAUGCUCACCAUUAGGAACUCUAAAACUGUUCAUCGCUUGAGAUCGAGGGCAACAAGUUACCAGUGUCAACAAGUUACCAGUGUCAACAAGUUACAAGUGACAAUAUGCUGAAUGUGGCAAAGCUCAUAACUUGUCAUCAAUAAUGGUGAUGUUUGCCCCUUGAACAACUAAGAACAAAGUCUAGCAAGCACUGGAACCCACUUACAGUGCCCAUGUUGUACGGUUUACACGGUGUAAAUGUAUAGGAUUUUAAUCUAUAGUUUAUUUAUAUUUAAAAGCCUCAAGUUGAUGAAUUUUAUGUUUCUAAAUUACCUAAAUGAUUGUGUUAUAAUGCAUAUUUUCAUCUGAUAAUAAUGAAAUGGACCAUGAUGUACAAAAACAUGAUAUUGAUUACACUAUUGUAAAAUACAGUUGACUUCCAUUGGCUCUUACUCACAGGGAUGGAUCAGAAAACCUCAAUCGCAUUUUACCUUCCAGCCCUACCUUUAGGAAAGAAAAAUCUGUAUCAUUCUGUACUAAUUCCUUACAAAUUCUGUACUAAGAUGAGUAUACUGAGAAAUAUCAUAUCCAGUUAUAUUUCUUAACUAAAAAAAACGCUUCAUAUUGGUAGUAUGAAACAAUAAAUGACAGUCUAUCUAUUACAAAAAAGCAUUAUGAAAAGUACACUUUUUUGUCUUAGUUUCACUUGUAACAACCUUAAAUACAUGUCAAGGUAGCGUUUCAAAUAAAGCUUCCCUAUUGGUCCCAAAAGACAGCCACCAUAGGAGUUGCUAAUCUAGAUAUUUCCCCAGAUUUCAUAAGAGGUCCUUCUCUAGGUUGCUCAGCAUUUGAUAAUUAGAGAAAUUCUUCCAUGCGGAGUUGAACAAGGGAGAAGGGCUUUGGUUUAGCGAUUAGGGAUCAUGCCAAACAUUCAGGACACGGCGUAAAUAUUGAACCUGAGAUUGUGAAAGUCACUUAGAGACAGAAUAAACAUUGAAGAGGGGAAGUCCAUAUAUAAGGACCUCAUUUUAUAUAAACAAAGGUCUUUUGUACAAAAGUGAAGCCAACAAGAAAAAUGAGCAAAUGGACUUCCAGCCUUGGGAAUUGACUGUAUAUAUAUAUAAUAGUUGUUAAAUUUUCAUCAGGAAAACAUAGCUUAAUCUUGACAAAUUAUGAGAGAGAACAAAUCUGCUUGAAAAUUAAAUGAUAUAAAAAGUUGAAAGCGAUUGUUUGACAACUGUGUUAUUGUUAUUAUUAUUGAAAAUAAGGCUGUUGUUAUAUGAAACCUGUUCAUCUUAUAUGGUUCACAUUAAUAUGUUAUUUGUUAUUUAUUUAUUUGUAAACAUGAUGUUUUGAUUUUCAUCAUUAUUUUAAUCUCAACAAACAACAAAUGACUUCAAUCCCCAUUACCAUCCCAUCUGCUAGACACUGUCAUGCAAUUCAGUGACUUCAAUCCCCAUUACCAUCCCAUCUGCUAGACACUGUCAUGCAAUUCAAUGACUUCAAUCCCCAUUACCAUCCCAUCUGCUAGACACUGUCAUGCAAUUCAGUGACUUCAAUCCCCAUUACCAUCCCAUCUGCUAGACACUGUCAUGCAAUUCAAUGACUUCAAUCCCCAUUACCAUCCCAUCUGCUAGACACUGUCAUGCAAUUCAAUGACUUCAAUCCCCAUUACCAUCCCAUCUGCUAGACACUGUCAAGCAAUCCAAUGACUUCAAUCCCCAUUACCAUAACAUCUGCUAGACAUUGUCAUGCAAUCCAAUGAUUUCAAUCCCCAUUACCAUCACAUUUGCAAGACACUGUCAUGCAAUUCAAUGAUUUCAAUCCCCAUUACUAUCCCAUCUGCUAGACACUGUCAAGCAAUCCAAUGACUUCAAUCCCCAUUACCAUCACAUCUGCCAGACACUGUCAAGCAAUUCAAUGACUUCAAUCCCCAUUACCAUCACAUCUGCUUGACACUGUCAUGUAAUCCAAUGACUUCAAUCCCCAUUACCAUCACAUCUGCCAGACACUGUCAUGCAAUUCAAUGACUUUAAUCCCCAUUACCAUCACAUCUGCCAGACACUGUCAUGCAAUUCAAUGACUUUAAUCCUCAUUACCAUCACAUAUGCCAGACACCGUCAUGUAUAUUAAUUAAUUCAAUACUCAUAACCAUCCCAUGCAAUUUGAAAUAGUUUUGUGCCAUUUUCUUCUUUCUUUAAGCACAACCAGAGCAGUGAAAGGUGUAAAAAAUGUUCACGUCACUUUUUCCAUUAAAAUUUAUGCAUCAUGUCUGUUAAUAUUAUGGAGUGGAAAGAAUGUAUGAAUACAAAACCAAUAGCCAGUCAUACUCUGGUGCUAUCAUUGUUUCAGGGUUAUUAUUUUUAUCAGCCACUAGUAAAAACCCACAGAUGCAUCACAUUUAAUCAUCUUUUUUGUUUUCUGGUUUGCUAUGCCUGAAUUAACCAUUUUGUUGAACAUUGGAAUAGUAUAUCCUCCUAACAUAGAAAGUUCUAAUGCCAAGUUGAAAUGUUGAUUUAGAUCAUUGUAUAUGCGAUUUUAAAGCAAGAUUGGUGAUAUUAAAACUAAUCCCAACAUUGAUUUUAUUUACCUGAAAAAUGAUGAAUAAAAAUGGUCUUUAACAUGGAAUAUUUCACCAGUCUGUACUGAAUCUGAUAAUUGACUGUUACAUGAAACCAUUGACCAGUCUGUACUGAAUCUGAUAAUUACCUAGCAUGAAACCAUUGACCAGUCUGUACUGAAUCUGAUAAUUGACUGUUACAUGAAACCAUUGACCAGUCUGUACUGAAUCUGAUAGUUGACUGUUACAUGAAACCAUUGACCAGUCUGUACUGAAUCUGAUAAUUGACUGUUACAUGAAACAAUUGACCAGUCUGUACUGAAUCUGAUAGUUGACUGUUACAUGAAACCAUUGACCAGUCUGUACUGAAUCUGAUAGUUGACUGUUACAUGAAACCAUUGACCAGUCUGUACUGAAUCUGAUAAUUGACUGUUACAUGAAACAAUUGACCAGUCUGUACUGAAUCUGAUAGUUGACUGUUACAUGAAACCAUUGACCAGUCUGUACUGAAUCUGAUAUUUGACUGUUACAUGAAACCAUUGACCAGUCUGUACUGAAUCUGAUAAUUGACUGUUACAUGAAACCAUUGACCAGUCUGUACUGAAUCUGAUAAUUGACUGUUAUAUGAAACAAUUGACCAGUCUGUACUGAAUCUGAUAAUUGACUGUUACAUGAAACCAUUGACCAGUCUGUACUGAAUCUGAUAAUUGACUGUUACAUGAAACCAUUGACCAGUCUGUACUGAAUCUGAUAAUUGACUGUUACAUGAAACAAUUGACCAGUUUGUACUGAAUCUGAUAAUUGACUUGCAUGAAACCAAUGACCAGUCUGUACUGAAUCUGAUAGUUGACUGUGACAUGAAAACCAUUGACCAGUCUGUACUGAAUCUGAUAAUUGACUGUUACAUGAAACAAUUGACCAGUCUGUACUGAAUCUGAUAAUUGACUAGCAUGAAACCAAUGACCAGUCUGUACUGAAUCUGAUAAUUGACUGUUACAUGAAACCAUUGACCAGUCUGUACUGAAUCUGUAACAUGAAACCAAUGACCAGUCUGUACUGAAUCUGAUAAUUGACUGUUACAUGAAAACCAAUGACCAGUCUGUACUGAAUCUGAUAAUUGACUGUUACAUGAAACAAUUGACCAGUCUGUACUGAAUCUGUAACAUGAAACCAUUGACCAGUCUGUACUGAAUCUGAUAGUUGACUGUUACAUGAAAACCAAUGACCAGUCUGUACUGAAUCUGAUAAUUGACUGUUACAUGAAACCAUUUACCAGUCUGUACUGAAUCUGUAGCAUGAAACCAAUGACCAGUCUGUACUGAAUCUGAUAAUUGACUGUUACAUGAAACCAAUGACCAGUCUGUACUGAAUCUGAUAAUUGACUGUGACAUGAAACCAAUGACCAGUCUGUACUGAAUCUGAUAAUUGACUGUGACAUGAAACCAAUGACCAGUCUGUACUGAAUAUGAUAAUUGACUGUUACAUGAAACCAAUGACCAGUCUGUACUGAAUCUGAUAAUUGACUGUUACAUGAAACCAAUGACCAGUCUGUACUGAAUCUGAUAAUUGACUGUGACAUGAAACCAAUGACCAGUCUGUACUGAAUAUGAUAAUUGACUGUUACAUGAAACCAAUGACCAGUCUGUACUGAAUCUGAUAAUUGACUGUUACAUGAAACCAAUGACCAGUCUGUACUGAAUCUGAUAAUUGACUGUGACAUGAAACCAAUGACCAGUCUGUACUGAAUAUGAUAAUUGACUAUCAUGAAACCAAUUGAUCAGUCUGUACUGAAUCUGAUAAUUGACUAACAUGAAACAAUUGACCAGUCUGUACUGAAUCUGAUAAUUGACUAACAUGAAACCAUUGACUAGUCUGUACUGAAUCUGAUAAUUGACUAACAUGAAAUUAUUGACCAGUCUGUACUGAAUCUGAUAAUUGACUUACAUGAAAUUAUUGACCAGUCUGUACUGAAUCUGAUAAUUGACUAACAUGAAAUUAUUAACCAGUCUGUACUGAAUCUGAUAAUUAACUAGCAUGAAACCAUUGACCAGUCUACUGAAUAUGAUAAUUGACUAACAUGAAAUUAUUGACCAGUCUGUACUGAAUCUGAUAAUUGACAAACAUGAACCCAAUGACUAGUCUGUACUGAAUCUGAUAAUUGACUAACAUGAAACCAAUGACCAGUCUGUACUGAAUCUGAUAAUUGACUAACAUGAAACCAUUGACCAGUCUGUACUGAAUUUGAUAAUUGACUAACAUGAAACCAUUGACCAGUCUGUACUGAAUCUGAUAAUUGACUAACAUGAAACCAUUUACCAGUCUGUACUGAAUCUGAUAAUUGACUUACAUGAAACCAUUGACCAGUCUGUACUGAAUCUGAUAAUUGACUAACAUGAAACCAUUGACCAGUCUGUACUGCAUCUGAUAUUCAACUGUAACAUUAAGCAAUUGACAUGUCGCCAGGUGUCAAUAAAAUAAUCAUUUUAUCAAUAAAAGGAUUAUGUUUUGAAAAUAAAUCAUGACGCAUUGAAGCGAUAUCCAUUUUCGAUAAUCUGAGAAACUGCACACGACAAGUUGCAAUAAUGGCUUUUCUGACUGGUCAAUUACAUACGUGAUCUAAAAAGUAUGCUGUACAAAUGUUUUUUCUCAUGAUAAACCAUUUUGUCUUCUUGUAUUUGCUGUCUGUAUUUAAUCAUGGACAGUGAAUUCUGUUGCACUUACAAUAAAACGUAAACCAUUUUAUAUUAUGCACCAUUGAAGGCAUUUAUCAUUCAAUUAUCAUUUGCCAAUCAAUUAUCAUUUGUCAUUCAAUUGUCAUUUGCCAAUCAAUUAUCAUUUGUCAUUCAAUUAUCAUUUGUCAUUCAAUUAUCAUUUGUCAUACACCAUUUUACAGUUAACAUGCAAUUGUACAUAGGCUAAAACUGAAAUAAUGUAAAUAUAAUGUAUAUAAAGAUUUUGCUAUGAUGAAAACUUUGCAUCAACAAAGUAAGAAGUGUUUGUGUUGACUGUAAAAUAUUAUUAAAUAGCCAUGAUUAUUUCACGGGCAGGACUGCAAUAUAUUUUAGAUGAAAGACUUGCAUGAUAAAAGUGUUUAUGAUUUUUGAGUGAUUAUGUGAAGUGAAGUAUUUAAGUGGCUUUGUUAAUGAUUUAGGAUCAGAUCUUGACUAUUAUAUUAUUAAAAGAUGUUAUGCAUAUUUAUGUCUAAAAGCUUAAAUGGAGACUCAUUUUAAUUAUAAUUCAUAGAUUUUAAAUACAGGUAGUAAUUGUACCCAUGCUAUAUAGUAAUAUACCCUGUUGAAUGUUAAAUGAUCCAUUGAUUUCAAAUUUAGACAUAUUUGGCUUUACACAGCUUCUUAUGUUUGAAUAGGUUACCAAUACUUGAAAAUGUUAUAAAAGAAAUAGAACAGUAUUUUUAGAUGUAAGUAAGACAUAAAAAAUAAAAACCAAUAUUUGUAUAUUAAGAAAGCAUGAGGCUAUAUGACUGUGUUCGAAUGUGUAGUCUAGUUGAAUAAAUGGAAGUGGCUUUCUGGUAAAGUUGAUAGUGUUCUAUAUCUUAAAAGUGAACCAAGCUUGAAAAAUGUUUCAUGGAAUUCGGAAUGUAUUAUCAUUUAAAAUCUUACUUGCUAAAUGUAUACAAAUGCUAUUCUUGCAAAUAAAGAGUGAAAUAGAAACACAUGGGGCCAUUGCAACCUGCUGUUUUUUAUUUGGUUUCAUUAAGGAAGUAAUUAAAUUAUCAUAAUUCAAAUAUCAUGUCCCAAAUUCCAUGACAUAGUUUUAUCAUCAGCAGUGUUUAUGGUCGGUUUUGAAAAUGCUUCAAGUGGGAUAUUUCAUUCCACUAUUAAAUGUAUGAAUUAUGUUGUAGAUGAGUUAUUUAUAUAAUAUAUAAGUGCUUUUGUUUGUUAAAUGAAUUAGUAACUUGUGAAAUAAUAAAUAUAUAAAUACAAAUCUUGA